GGUGCCGCGAGGCGGCUGGGGACCGUUGGAGCGGGGAGGCUGAGGCGUUCGGCCGGCCGUGGCCGUGGAGCCGGCGGCGGUGUUGGCGAUUGUCUUUACAUGUUUGAAGAAGGAACUGAGCUUGGGAAAGUGGAAGUUGCCCUGAGAGACUUCUCAGUGUGAUUCAGAAUGAUUGAGGAGAGUGGGAAGAGGAGGAGGACAAUGGCAGAGAAGAGACAGCUCUUCAUGGAAAUGAGAGCACAGAAUUUUGAUGUCAUCAGACUUUCAACGUAUCGAACAGCCUGUAAACUGCGGUUUGUACAAAAAAGAUGUAAUCUUCAUCUUGUUGAUAUCUGGAAUAUGAUUGAAGCCUUCCGAGAUAAUGGCCUUAACACUUUGGAUCAUAACACAGAGAUCAACGUGUCUCGACUAGAAACAAUCAUUUCAUCCAUCUACUACCAGCUAAACAAACGCCUUCCUUCUACUCACCAAAUCAGUGUAGAGCAAUCCAUCAGCCUCCUCCUCAACUUCAUGAUAGCAGCAUAUGACAGUGAGGGCCAUGGGAAGCUGACGGUAUUUUCCGUGAAAGCUAUGUUAGCAACAAUGUGUGGCGGUAAAAUACUGGACAAACUAAGAUAUAUUUUCUCACAAAUAUCAGAUUCAAAUGGACUAAUGAUAUUUACAAAGUUUGAUCAGUUUUUGAAAGAAGUUCUAAAACUUCCAACAGCUGUGUUUGAGGGGCCUUCUUUUGGAUACACAGAGCAUUCUGUACGGACCUGUUUCCCACAACAAAAAAAGGUCAUGCUAAACAUGUUUUUAGACACAUUGAUGGCUGAUCCACCUCCUCAGUGCCUUGUGUGGCUGCCUCUCAUGCACAGACUUGCCCAUGUUGAAAAUGUCUUCCAUCCCGUGGAAUGUUCGUACUGCCGGUGUGAGAGCAUGAUGGGUUUCCGGUACCGAUGCCAGCAGUGCCACAACUACCAGCUCUGUCAAAACUGUUUCUGGCGUGGCCAUGCAAAUGGUCCUCAUAGCAACCAGCAUCAGAUGAAGGAGCAUUCCUCUUGGAAAUCUCCUGCGAAGAAGCUGAGCCAUGCAAUUAGUAAAUCACUGGGUUGUGUACCAAGUAGAGAACCACCUCGUCCUGUAUUUCCCGAGCAGCCAGAAAAGCCACUCGAUCUUGCACAUAUAGUUCCUCCUCGGCCUCUGGCUAACAUGAACGACACCAUGGUGACCCACAUGUCCUCUGGAGCACCUACGCCAACAAAAAGCGUCCUGGACAGCCCCGGCAGGCUGGACGAGGAGCACCGGCUGAUUGCCAGAUACGCCGCCCGGCUGGCUGCCGAAGCUGGAAAUGCACCUCGCCCGCCAACAGACCUGGGUUUCAGCUUUGAUGCCAAUAAACAGCAAAGACAGCUGAUAGCAGAGCUGGAGAACAAGAACAGAGAGAUACUCCAAGAAAUUCAGCGGCUCAGGCUGGAACAUGAACAAGCCUCUCAACCCACCCCUGAGAAAGCCCAGCAGAACCCAACUUUGUUGGCCGAACUCAGGCUUCUACGACAGAGGAAGGAUGAACUGGAACAGAGGAUGUCUGCACUGCAAGAAAGCAGAAGAGAACUGAUGGUGCAGCUCGAAGGGCUGAUGAAACUGCUCAAAGAAGAAGAGCAAAAGCAGGCAGCGCAAGCAGUGGGCUCGGCACACUCCUCGCCCACCCACGGAGCCGGCCGCCCCAUGCCCAUGCCCGUCAGAUCCACCUCCGCCGGCUCUACCCCAACUCACGUCCCACAGGACUCGCUCGCAGGCGUCGGGGGAGACGUGCAGGAAGCUUUCACACAAGGUGAGUGUCACACUGAGCAGAACCACACCUGGGGUUAGUCCUGCCAUCUUCCCGGAAAAGAGGGGAGAUUCAGACUAGAUAGAAGGAAGAAAUUCUUCCCUGUGAGGGUGCUGAGGCCCUGGCACAGGGUGCCCAGAGAAGCUGGGGCUGCCCCUGGCUCCCUGGCAGGGUUCAAGGCCAGGUUGGAUGGGGCUUUGGGCAACCUGGGCUAGUGGAGGGUGUCCCUGCCCAUGGCAGGGGUGGCACUGGGUGGGCUGGGAGGUCCCUGCCCACCUAAACCCGUUGGGGGCUCUGGGAUUCGAUGUACAGCAGAAGCAUAACGCACCAAUAAUUGUGAACCCCUUUCCUGUGCUCUAGACCAAAGAGAUCAGGGGCACAUUUUUAACCUUUACAACUUAAUGAAAUGAUUUCUGUGAUCAUGAUCUUCCCUCCAAGGAAGGGAUCUUCCCUCCCAGAAAGUUACGCCCGCAAGCAAUGUAACAGGCAAGCAUUCAGUUCAGAUCUGGGCAAUCACCACCCGCGUGAGGUUUAACAAGGGCAAGUGCCGGAUUCUGCGCCUGGGAAGGGGCAACCCUGGCUGUACACACAGACUGGGCCAUGAGACGCUGGAGAGCAGCCGUGCUGAAAGGCACUUGGGGGUCUUGGCCGACAGCAAGUUGAACGUGAGUCAAGAGUGUAGCCAGGCUGCCAGGAAGGCCAACCGUACCCUGGGGUGCAUCAAGCACGGCAUCGCUAGCCGGUCUAGGGAAGGGAUUGUCCCACUCAACACUGCACUGGUGCAGCCUCACCUCAAGUACUGCGUGCAGGCUUGGGCACCACAGCACAAAAAGGACAUAAACCUAUUGGAGAGUGUCCAAAGGAGGGCACCAAAGAUGGGGACACCACAAGGGAGAGUGAAGGGGCAGGCGCUGAUCUCCCUGUGGUGACCAGUGACCGAACCCGAGGGAACGGAAUGAAGCUGUGACGGGGAGGUUUAGGUUGGGUAUCAGGAAAAGGUUCUUCACCGAGAGGGUGGUCGGGCACUGGAACAGGCUCCCCAGGGAAGUGGUCACAGCACCGAGCUUGACUGAGUUCAAGAAGCGUCUGGAUAACGCUCUCAGUCAUAUGCUCUGAUUUGGCUGGUCCUGGGUGGAGCCAGGAGUUGGACUCGAUGAUCCUUAUGGGUCCCUUCCAACUCAGGAUAUUCUGUGAUUCUGUGAUUCUGUGAUUUUAAAAACUAGUCAUGUUUACAAUUCUGGUGGUUGAACUGUGCUAUGAUUUCCAAGAGGAAAAUUGGAAGGAAAAGAAAAUUGGUGGAAAAAAGCAGUUUAAUGACCAAAAGCAGGAAAGCAAGCAGUCCUCUUAUGCAAAAUAUUUAUCUAACAGCUACUCACCUCUCUGCUGGUAAUGAGACAGAAAGGAAGCUGAAAUUUUGCAGCAGAACUUGGUGAAGGCUGCUCUAACAUAGCGGUUGGUGGCUGUGCACAUCUGCUGAAGAGCUCAGUCGAUCUGCUGGGGAGAAGAAAAAGUGCUAAACGUGAGAAAUGGAUGGAGGAGAGGAGAGGAGAGGAGAGGAGAGGAGAGGAGAGGAGA